AGCAACUCCAGGAUGGCCGAUGCAUCCUUCGACCUGUUCCUGAAGCAUCAUGGCCUGGAGCGCAACAGGGAGCUGCUGCUGCAGCACGAGUACGACACCAUCGACCUGGCUCCGACAGGUGCUGGAGCUGACAGAAGCGGAAAUGAAGGCCAUCGGAAUGGUGGGCGGAGCCAUCCGCAAAGUCCAACGGGCCCAGCGACAAAGCCGGGACAAUCGGGACAGCCUAUUUCUGCCGUCAGCGAAGGGCCUCUCGACACAGGAGAAGCAGUGCGGCAGCACCGCCGCGGAGGUGGUUGUCUUUGAGCCGGAAUACUACGAGCCAGCUACGGUAAUCCACGACUGGAGGUGCCAGCUCGACAGCAGCGAACACGAUAUCUUCGUGAGCUAUCGCAGCUCGAGCGAGAGCGACAGCGCCAACAUGCUGGUGGCGUCCCUGGUCUCUGGCAAACGGAAGGAUCUCUCCAUCCAUCCCUUUCUCGACCACCUCUGCCUGCACGACAGCCAAGACUGGGAAUGCGGCUUCAUCAAUGCACUGCACAACUCGCCGGUGAUUGUGCUGCUCCUCUCGGAGCGGGGCCUGGAGCGUGUGCGCCAGGCUCACACAACCCCAGACAACCUGCUGCUCGAGGUGGGCUGCGUCCCUGCACCGCCUUUGACAAAUCCUCUCGCACGUUAGCCAUAUUGCGGCGCAUUUGCGCCAUGCCCGUCCAUCUCUCGAGCCUGCCUCCCGAUUCUGCUCCUCCGGGCUGUGCCUCUCCCAUCUGAUGCCCGAUCCACGCCC